AAGUAUACCGCUCACCGAAAACACGUGAAUGUACACAUGACGACUGCGUGACUCAAAUGUUUAGACCAAUCAGAAAGAACAACACAUCCAUGAUCAGUGGGARAUAAGUCACGUAGCUUGAAUUAAGCCAAUCACAUGAAAGUAUGUUAGCUGUGUCCCGGAUGUCUGGGUAUAAAUUCUUGGAGUUUGUUUACUAUUCAUUAUAUCAACGUGUAACUUUUCUAAGCUGUGUUUGAAUUGACAUUUUUCAUAUGGAGACUAGUGAAGUCAAUCUUAGCGACAACUAUGUUGAACUACUUGAGGAUACCAUCAAAGAAAGCAAAACUUUGAGGAUGGAGAUAAAGGAGCGGGACGACGAAACGCGUAAGAUUUUGAAGGAUCUUACUCACCGCGUCGAUGAGCUAUGUGGCGUUGUUAAAGAACCUUCGUCUCAUUUACACGAAAGAAGGAGAAGAAGUAGUAGUAAAGUUGUUGUGCCAAAGCGUUGUAGGACUAAGUGCCGCAACAUGUACAAAACUCUUCUUAAGAGCAAGAAAAUCACUGGGUUUGAUUUUUCUGAAGGGAAAACUUCAAGCUUGAAUGAAAAAGUUGUAGAAGAAGUAAUAGAAGCAGUACGACUAGAUAAUGGUGGUGAGGAAAAGUGCCAGUGGUCUCAAGCCCAAAUGAGAGAAUCGCUUGCUACUUAUUAUCGCACRUUAAAGGACAAUUCAAAACGUGACCCUGCCAUUGACCAUAAUGUACAGUGUAGGCGAUUAGGACGUGUAAGGGAGAAGAUUGAAAGAAGAAAAGUGUCCUUGGCCAACAUUGACAAGUGGCAUGAGAARAUUAAAAAGAGAAUAGAACAGACACUAAACAGGGAUUAUACAAGCUCAGACGAAAGUGGUGAUGAGGAGGAUGAAAAUGGCAAAAUGAGAAAGGUUUUUAAAACCAAACARCUUAGAUGGGAAACCYCACAACUAACUGACAUCAAGGAAAUUCUUGAUGAUUUUUAUAGAAGUAAUGUAAAGGGUGUGCAAAUAGAAAGAAGACGCCAUAGAUCAUUUUCGUUGCGUCAAAAACCAGCUAAUUCUAUUGUGUGGGCUGUUARAAAUAGUAUAGCGACAAGCACACCUGUUAGGGUAUGAUAUAAGUAAAUUGUYUCUUUCGAUAAUUUUCAAGUGGUUAUCCAUUGUCAAGGAAAAGCUUUAUAAUGAAAAAYUUCUUAUCCUGCAAAUUUAAUCUUCAUUAGUUGUUGUUCUUUGAAAUAAGACAUCCCUCAGAUGAUGAGGUUAUUAUAAAUGAUUAGCAAUU